GAGAAUUGACAAUACUUGCUCACUCCUUCGUUGGUCUUCCUUCACUCCUCUACCUCCUCCUCCUCCUCCUCCUCCUCCACCUCCUCCUGAGAAUCCUACAAGUAUCCUACACACUCCUUCGGUUUCCUACGGCGCCUUAGCCAUGUUGGGGGCCUUGGUGUGGAUUUGCUGCCUGACGGUGGUGGCGGCGCAGGGGCGAGGCUUCGUCCCACAGCCGUUCCUGGGAGAUGAGCAUCACACCACCACGCCCAUCCCUAUCCUGAAGGACUCCCGCAGGAUCGACCUUCACACCGGCGCCUUCGUCUACGAGUACAUUGGCGGCGACGGCUCCUCGAAGUUUGAGUUCCGUUUCCCGAAUGGUACCGUGAUUGGAAACUUCAGCUUCAUCAACGAAAACGGAGAGCUGGAAACGCGCGUAUACAACCACGGCGCUGAGGUGGACGAGACAACAGAUCCUAACUACAUAGACCUCGGCAACUACGAGUACUGGCGCCAUUUGGAGCAGCCGUACGAGGAGGAGCAGUCGCUGGGGCCUCAGUCUGCCUUCGUGCCCCAGCAGCUCGCCCGCCCCACGCCCCGCAGAAGGCAGAGACCCCGCCGCCCACAAACCGCCGCCCCUCAGAUACAGAUUCAGCCGCAGUUCCAGCCCAUACCACAGCCACCACAGCAGCAGCCACAGCCACAGUUCAGGCCACAGCCCCAAGCCCCCCCGCAGCCGCAGUUCAGGCCACAGCCUCAAGCUCCCCCACAGCCUCAGUUCCAGCAGCCUCAACCCCAGUUCCAGCCACAGCCACAGACACGCCCUCAGCCGCAGCAGCAGUUCCGCCCACAGCCGCAACAACAGCCGCAGUUCCACCCGCAGCCCGCACAGAACCCCGCGCCACAGCAGCAGUUCCACCCACAGCCACAGCCAAGGAUCUCACUCCAGCAGGCUCCCCAAUCCAGGUCCUCUCGCCCAUCUCUCAUCGACACGCCCACCUUCCAGAUCCCCGCCCCGCGCCCAAGGCCCAGGGUGACGCAGAGGGCACAGCAGAGGCAACAACCGCGCAUCCAGCAACAGAGGCAUCACAGAUUGGACUUGUCUCACCAGCAGGGCGGAAGAAAUGACCCUGAUACGUUUUUGGACAGUGUGAUUGCAAGGUUCAAUUAGGUUAGGUUAGGUUAGGUUAAGAUUUGGUCGUAUUUUUUUCCCCGUGUGCCAUCUUCUCUCUCUCUCUCUCUCUCUCUCUCUCUCUCUCUCUCUCUCUCUCUCUCUCUCUCUCUCUCUCUCUCUCUCUCUCUCUCUCUCUCUCUCUCUGUUUUGUUAUUUAUUCUUCUUGUUUAUUUCUUUAUAUUCGUUUUUUUUUUCUUUUCUUUCUCUCUAUUCAUUCAUUCAUUCUCCUUCUUCUUCUUCUUCUUCUUCUUCUUCUUUUUCUUGUUAAUCAAUGUUCCUUCACUCUUUCUCCUCUUUCUAUUUUUAUCCUCUUCAAUUACACGUUCUUCUUUCCUCCUCCUCCUCUUCCUCCUCCUCCUCCUCCUCCUUCUCCUCCUCUUCUUCUACUUCAACUCCUCCUCACUCACCCUCUUCCUCUCCUUCACCUUCUCCUUCACCACAAACAAAGAAGGGCCAAGGGGUCAGAUGCCGCUUGUUUCUCCUUUGUGUUCACUCAUGUUGUUGGCUAGGCUUUGUAAAGACAAGAUAAUUAAACUCAAUAAAACACAACACUUAUA